AUGGCGAGUGGUACUGUUGCUGAAUCAGAAAUAGAAGAAGAAGAAGAAGAAGAAAUAAAGUUGGGAUCUUAUGACGGGAAGGUGAGAGUGCUAAGGGAAGAUGAAGAAGCAGCUGCAGGGGAAAUCAUGCUCUUGUGGGGUAUCCAACAGCCCACUUUUUCAAAGCCAAACUCUUUUGUUGCUCAAUCUUCUCUCCAACUCAAACUUGAUGCUUGUGGUCACUCCCUCUCCAUUCUCCAGUCUCCUUCUUCAUUGAGUACACCUGGAGUCACUGGUUCUGUCAUGUGGGACAGUGGUGUUGUGUUGGGGAAGUUCUUGGAGCAUGCAGUCGACUCUGGCCUGCUUCUUCUUCAUGGCAAGAAGGUUGUUGAAUUGGGUUCUGGCUGUGGAUUGGUAGGCUGCAUUGCAGCUAUUUUGGGUGCUCAAGUAACACUCACUGAUCUGCCUGAUAGACUGAGGCUGCUGAAAAAAAAUAUUGAAACCAAUCUAAGGCAUGGAAACAUGCGGGGUUCUGCAGUUGUGAAGGAACUCAUAUGGGGAGAUGACCCUGACCAGGAUUUGAUCGAUCCUUUUCCUGAUUACGUGCUUGGGUCGGAUGUGGUCUAUAGUGAAGGUGCUGUGGUAGAUUUGUUGGACACAUUAGUGCAACUCUGUGGAGCCCAAACAACAAUAUUCUUGUCUGGAGAACUUCGGAAUGACGCUGUCCUUGAGUAUUUCUUAGAUGCUGCGAUGAAGGAUUUUGUGGUCGGGCGUGUGGAGCAAACACAGUGGCAUCCAGAUUAUUGCAGCCGCCGGGUAGCGAUGUAUGUUAUGGUGAAGAAGUGA